CCUAUUUCUGUUUGAUCAUAUUUAUGUGUGCCUCGUUUCAAUUGAACGAAAUUUUUCAUUUGGUUGCUUCAAACGCUUCUGUGUGUGUUGCUUCGGCAAUUGAUUUUGCAGAAUGAAUGCUGACAUGGAAGACGAGAACUUUCUCAUUCAAUUGAGGGCAAAGCUGAACGAAAGAAAAAUUAAACUAUGGGAGACGCCGUAUCUUACCGCCGAACGCAAGGCGGACGUUGAACAACUUGCUAAGCUGGCCGAAACACUCGGGCCGCAAAUGGAUCUGCCGUGUGACCGGUGCGUCAAAUUGCUCCAAUCGCUGCAGCACCACGCCCUCGAUAAGCUACAGGCGAUGGACGAAUACCAAAAGACCGGCGUGGCCACCUUCAAGGUACGGGCACCGACGCAAACGGGAGCGAAUCGUGCGUUCGACUUGAAGGUGCCGGUCAGCGAAACGGGUAGCUUCCUGUGCGAAAAGAUCGGCCACCGACUGUCGGUCGAUUGGAGGAAGAUCAAGCUCGUCUGCUCGGGAACGAUAGUCGACAGCAGGCGUACACUUAAGGAUCAGAAGUUACCAAACGGUGCCAUUGUGAUGGCAUUGGUGAUGGCACAGUGUGAAGAGGAAGCUAAGCGCGAGUUUUCCACCUUCGACCGGGUGCAUAAAAUUCGGGCGGACGCUGAAAUGCUCAUCAACGAGAACGACAGCGCAAAGUUUUUGAGUCUUGAAGACCAGGCUGGAAAUGCAAUUUUCUUGCCAACCAACGAGAAGAAGGCACUGUUGAUGGCACUGACGCUAUACGAAAAAGGCAAAGCGGCCCUGAAAGAAGGCAACUUCGAAGAAGCGUUGUUGCUUUUCUUGGAAGCGGAUCAUGAUUUCCGGACAUGCAAUUCACAGCUUCUGGGCGUUGUUGAUAACUACGCGUUACUUAAUUUGGACAUCGUGUGGUGUUAUCUAUGCUUAAAGAAUCUCAACCAACUGCCCGAUGCUGAGCAGAGAUUGCAGCUGUGUGAGCAAAAGUUCCGGCAAAGCUAUGGCGAAAACAUGAAACGUGUCACUGCCAUCAAGGGCGACCAAUCCAGUGAGAAAACGUUGCUGGUGCGGCUGCAUCUGCUUAAAGCCAUACUGUUCUUCCACCAGAACAAGCGUGACGAUGCGCGAACGAUGUUCCGCGUGGUCGAUACAGAACUGUUGACACUGCGCAUCGACGAUGGGUGUCUAACGCGCCUAAUGGAGUGCGGAUUUUCGCUUAAGGAGUCACGGAUUGCGCUGCGUGCCUGCUCGAACAAUGUCGAGGCCGCCAUCGAGUAUAUUCAAAACCACCGCCAGACGCUCGAAGCAAAUGAAAGGCGUUCGGACCGGGAGCGCGCACUGUACGAGCGAAUUGGUCACGAAGUUUUUGGUUCCGACGAGCAGCAGCGUCUCAAGCUGGAGCACGUGGACCAGCUGAUUGAGAUGGGCUAUCAGGAGGAGCUGGCCGCUGUGGCGCUGAAAAGAAGCAACAACGAUAUCAACGAGGCACUGAACGAACUUCAAAACAAUCUGCCCGAUCUACAGCGAGCGCUGCUCCAAUCGAUCGUUGCCGACGACCAGUUGCAGCAGCAGCUGGUUGCUCUUGGGUUCCCGGAGGAGGUUGCCAAAGUGGCCCUCAAAACGACCGCCAACAACUAUGACCGGGCGAUGGAAUUUUUGCUGACCAACAUCUCGACCGACAAAGAGUACAGUGAGCUGCUGAGGCAAUCGCUCGAGGUGGUUGACCGGAGUGUCCCUAAACGGCAAAAAACAACAAGCACAGAAGUAGCAUCCACCAGUGAUUCCGCGGAAGCAUCAUCCAGCAAAAAGUCACCCGUGGACAGUGGGUCGUGCAAGAGGGAGGAAAAACGGCGCAAGAAGGAAAUGCUCGACAUCCUGUUCAAAAGCUUCUCGAAGGACAUGGAUACGUCUUCCGAUGCACAUCUAGAUCUGGCCCUGACGGAGGAGACAGAACUUUUGGAGCAGUACAAAAAGCUUCUCGGUAUGGAAUGAUAUUUUAUGUUUUUCCCUGCGCGACGACAAUUUCCUCGUUCAAUCUUCAUUAUAUUCACAAAGAAUGAUCGGCAGUACGAUACGACAGAUCGUUGCAUUAGUAUUACAACAUGUUGCCAUCUUUAUCACAGUUUAAAUUUAAUAUACGAUUUGCGUCGUAUAGUUAGAAUCGGUUGAUACAAUUUUGAAUUUGACGACAAACAGGAGUAUCGCUAUAGUUUCCACGAAUUUUUCUCUAUUUGACUUUUCAACAACCGGAUGAGCCGUAGCGCUUUACUUUGCUUUUCAUCAUAAAAAAAAACAAAUUUGUUUGCUUCAAGAAUAAUUCCAAAUCUCAUUUUAAUGAAAAACUUUUUGGUUUUAUUAGUUGAACAUUCUGCCCGCAACGCGUGGAUUAUGUGUUCUUUGAGAGUUCCUCCGUCGUACUAAAUCCCAAUCCUUCCGACGAUGCACAGAUCGUACAUGAA